AUGGCUGUGAGGUCUAUCAUUCAGACUAAACAUCUCAACCUAAAAUCUAUCGGCGCCUUCGCCAAUGCGCUUCCUGAGUUUGUAGAAAUCCCAAGCAACACAAAAAGCUUAGUCGACAGAGCCUUCAACGCAUCAAUUGUGGAGGGCCAAACAAAUUUGAAAUAUUGAAAAGAUUUUCGAGUUGAAGUUCUAAACAAAAAGCCAAAGUACACGCCAAGAGAAUUCGCAAGACUGAAAUGGGCUCUGACAAGAUCAACAAAGGAUUUCGACGAAACGUACCUCGGGAGACCAGUUUUGCACGACUGGCUUGAUACAGAAGCCAAAGAAAUGCUAUCACAUAUGACUGCAAUUGAAUUGAUUUCUACUAUUGGGGCUUAUGGAAGCACAGUAAACGAUGAAUUUUAUGAAACUGCAGCACAGCUAUUGGUUAAAGAAUUGCAAGCUGAGGAAAACUUAGACGUGAUUUCUGUUGCCCCUUAUGUGGUAUCCAACUCUUUUAGGCAUGAAUCUAAGAUAAUUCCUAUAAAAAUCAUACCAAAACAGCAAGAAAUUAGUGUGAAAUUUUUAGAAGCGAUUACUCCUUUGGUUCUUAAUAGACUUACUGAGUUUUCUGACGACCAAUUAGCGACAAUUUGUGGAGGAAUUGCAGGAAGCAAUGCUCCAGUGAAAUUGAGAAAUAGAAUACAUGCACUCACAGAUUCAAUUGAAGAGGAAAUAUUGACAAGAAGAAUGAAUAGGAUGAGCAUUACGCAAAUGGUCGAUGUUGUAAAAGGGUUCACUAAUGUCAAUUUAGGAACAGAAAAAUUAUUCAGCAAUUUGAGAGGAAAGCUGCUUGAAAAAGGGGAUGAUUUAGACUUUGACUCACUCCCACCGCUUUAAAUUGGAACAAAAAAAAAAAAGUGGCUAAUUUAUUUUAUUAAAUUUAAUAAAAAAAAAAAAAAUAAAAAUAAAAUUUAUAAAAAAUAGUAUAAAAAUUUUCCUAUCGAAAAAAAAUUAUUCCAGUUUAAAGAAAAUUAAAGUCUCCAAUUUAAACAGGAGAGGGGAGUCAGCCCUAGACUUAGGAUGCUCACUUAGCUUAAGAGAGCCUAUCUCAAACGAUCUGCAAAAAAAAAUAAACAGCAAAAUCCCUAUCACACCUGAAAUGAAAAAGAGAUACCUGCAGAAGAUGAGCACUUAUUUAUUCAACGUAAACUCAAAGGACGAAAGAAUGCUCAAAGCUUACACAAACUAUAUUGAAAGUCUUAAAUACGUCUCAGAGUACGACUAUCAAUACGUCAGGAAAAUGAAAUUCCAUAUCGGCAAAUCUUUCCCAAAACUUCUAUCAGACGAAUUCAUAGAAAAGUACGAGAAAAAAGGCUUUUUAUUUAUGGGGCCACGACUAAUUGAAGAUAUUGAUGAAUAUCAAUGCGUUUAUAUGGACAGAUUUAAAAAUUGGGUCACCUCACAUUUGAGAUACAAAGCAGCUGCCCCUUAUUUGUAUAGCAACCAUGAGUCUCUACAAUGCGCAAUUAUGCCUCAAAAAGUAGCCCUCUUUUGUGCGUUUCCCGAUUUUUGGCUUAAAGGGAAAUAUGAAUAUGAUGACAGGCUUGUCAAGGAACCGAAGCUGAAGUAUGAGUUCACCAAUGAGUUCGAAAUAAAAUGCAGGUGGCUUGAACUCCUCGGCUGGAAAGUAGCCAAGCUAAAUUAUCAUGAUCUAGCUGAAAAUGUGGAAUCUUGGCAGGAAAGAGACCAAUUCUUAAUAAAAUAUUUAUCAAACUUAGGUGUGCCAGCACCUCAGCCUCCAGCAACACCAGGGAGUCACUAA